ACGCCCCGCCCGGAGCGGCCGCCGUCAUGCAGUCACCGGCGGUGCUCGUCACCUCCAGGCGAGUUCAGAAUGCCCACACAGGCCUGGACCUGACUGUGCCCCAGCACCAGGAGGUGCGGGGCAAGAUGAUGUCAGGCCAUGUGGAGUACCAGAUCCUGGUGGUGUCCCGGCUGGCUGCAUUCAAGUCAGCCAAGCACAAGCCUGAAGAUGUUGUCCAGUUCUUGGUCUCUAAAAAAUACAGCGAGAUUGAGGAGUUUUACCAGAAACUGAGCAGUCGGUACUCCAUGGCUAGCCUCCCCCCGCUGCCAAGGAAGGUCCUGUUUGUUGGGGAGUCUGACAUCCAGGAGAGGAGAGCCGUGUUCGAUGAGAUUCUACGCUGCAUCUCCAAGGAUGCUGAGUUAGCAGGCAGCCCCGAGUUGCUAGAAUUCUUAGGCACCAGGUCCCCAGGAGCAGUGGAUCUCUGCAGCAGAGAUGUGUCCAUCCUGGAUGCAGACAGCCCAGCGGGGGAUGACGGGGAGGCUUUCGAUUUCUUCAGGCAGCAGGAUGGAGUGGCAGGAGAGGGCCUGAAGGGAAAGGAUGCCGGGAAGCCCCUGGAAGAGGAGGAAGAAGAGGAGGAGGUGGCAUUGGACCCUCUGGGAAUCAUGCGCUCCAAGAAGCCCAAGAAACACCUUGAAGUGGUCACCAAGCCCAAGCCUGCACCCCGGCUCACCAUCUUUGAUGAGGAGGUGGACCCUGAUGAGGGGCUCUUUGGUUCUGGCAGGAAGCUCUCUCCCCAAAGCCCCGUGGAGGACAUGUCCCCCAGAGACCCCCUGAAGCUGUUUGACGAUCCUGACCUGGGCGGGACCGUGUCCCUGGGUGACCCCUUACUGCUGCCAUCUGCCCAUGAGAGUGGACAGCCCACAUCCAGCCUGGGCCACAGGAAAGCCUCCGAGGAGCUCUUCAGCAGGAGCAGGCAACAGGAGCUCGCUCCAGGCAAAGAGGGCAGAUCCAAGCAGCGGCUUGCCGUUUCUUUCCUGCCGUCGACACGGGGGGAUGGUCCACGAGUUGAAGAGGACUUGGACCAGAUCCUGAACCUGGGAGCUGAACCUAAACCCAAGCCCCUGCCCAAGCCCAAGCCACCAGUGGCAGCUAAGCCAGCAUUACCCAGGAAACCAGCUCUUCCCCCCAAAGUGGGUCCGUCUGAAGCUGUGGUCGGGCAGUGGAAGCAACAGCAGCAGAUCCAAGCCAUGGACGAGAUGGACAUCUUGCAGUACAUCCAGGACCACGACACACCUGGCCAGGCCACCCCCAGCCUCUUCUGACCCUGCCUGCCCCUCUGCUGGGCCUCUGGCCGGCCCACCAUCUCCUGUGGUGGGGGGCAGGGUAGGGGCUGUAAGUGUGGGGGGGACUUUGCCUCUAGUCCAAAGGAGUUGGGGUGGAAGCCUGACUCACAGGACCCCUGGCCUGCCUUGUUCCUUUGUCUCCUGGUCUUUGGGGUCCAGAUGGACCCCUGCAGGGUGGAGAGUGAAAGUCAUUAUAGGAAGUAGAGCCCACGUGGUAUCAGUCCACCUGGGUGUGGAGGGGAGGGAGAGUAUGGGGAUGCCUUGCUAACCAGAGCCUAGCCCCAAGGAGGGAGUAGACAUAUGGGGGUCUCAGGGACACUUGACCGAGCACACAGGUGAUUCCCUGCCACAGGCUUCACUUGGGGGCAGAGAAACCUCAUGCUCACUUGUGCCCACUGGUGCUGCCAGCCCCAGAACAGGGAAGGGAAGGCCUGGCCAACCUGGGCCUGGGUAGGGGUGGGGCUCCUCAUGCCAAGCCACUCUGGAGGCUCUGGGAGGGACGCCCAGGAGAGGGAUCCUGAAUGGGAGCCUGGGAGAGCCAAGCUAACCGACAUGAAACCUCUCCCAAGCCUUCUGCAGUUACUGGAUUCUAGGCAGGUGGUUUUCCCCGCCAUCCAAGCUCAGAGCACUCAGGCCCAGCCUUGCCUUUCUGGGCUCUGGGCAGCCCCCUUGGCUGUCUCCACAUUUCCCACCCUUCACAGGGAAGGCCAGGCCAGAACGUGGCCUCCUUGGACCUUUGGGCAGAGGGCCAAGGUCAAGCAUUGCAGCUUUAAGCAAUGGGGACCAUAGCAUCCUCCAGAGCACUGCCCAGGCCUGGACUUGGGGUGACCUUCCAGCCCCUUGCUGCCCCCUGCUCACAGCGGGCCGGGGCAUGAUGGUCUCUGACCUCUGCUUCGAGGUUCCAUCUGUCACAUGGCAGGUGAUGCCAGGCCUUCCUUCAGGGGCCUGCACCUGCUCACCGGCCUUUCACUAGUGGGGACCACCUGCCGAGGAGCAGGAGCCUGCACCAGGCAGGGUCAGUGCCUUAGAACUCCCCCCGCCCCAACCCCCAGAAUCCCUGCACAGGGGGAGCUUGGUGUGGUGCUCAGGAAACUCCCAGUGAAUGAAUGGUGUUUAAUGGAGCAAAGUGGGAAAAGAAUGCCAUUUUUUGGUAUAUUCUUCAUGUUUAGAGCUAGGUUUUAAAGAAACACAAUUGUUUUUAAUGAAAAGCAACUACUGUUCUUUGGCUCUGUCCUGCCUGACUAGCAGAGGCCUUGGAAGGGGCUUUGGGAAUAGGACCCCAGACCCUUUCCUGGGAGGGGCCAAGAGUCAGCCCUGAGGGUGUCCCUCGUGUUCCUGUGCCAGUGGUUUGCUGCCAUCAGUGUCUCUAGUGUCCCCUAUGCUGUGCCAGGGCCUGCAGGGAAUGGCAGGAGUGCCAAGUCGUGUCUGUUCUGAAUCUUACCAUGUGCCUCUUCACCUUAUAAUCCUGGAAAGGGGAAGGCUUGGCCAACCUGGGCCUCGGUGGGGGUGAGAGGAAGCGGGUGGUCUGGGAACUGAGGCUGAAUUCCUCCUCCCCACCCUGUUGGAGCUCUGAGCUGCUCGACUUCCUUCACUGCCAGCCCUCACACCCUGCCGCUCACCUGCAGCAGACUCCUUCCCAGGACCCAGCCCUGGGCCCAGCACCCCCGGGUGACUGAAGAGGAAGGCCUGGGGUAGGAGUGGUGAGGCCAGGCAGGCUGCCUGGCUGUGUUGGCACCAGCUCUCCAGCUCACCCUCUUAUCCUGGCUUGGGUGCCAGCUCCCUGCACCCUCCUUCCCUGGCCUUCGUCUACCCUCCAACUUGCUUUGGACAGUGGAGACAUGGUUAGUUAAGCUGGAGAAGGCUUAAGUGUGACAUAGGAAGAGAAGGUGAUGGGACGGAGGGGGUAGGUCCCUCUGGCUGGGGUCUCUGCAGAACCUGGGCCUGCCACUCAUGUGGAUUCUUCUAGCCGUGGCCCAGCCUCGUUCUCAGUGGCCUGGAGCUCCCUGGCCACUUCAGUGAAGAUCUGUGCUUCCCAGAUACAGGUGUUCUAACCGUGGCUCAGUUUUCACCACAGGCUUGUAUCGCCCUUGCCAAUCAUGUGACGCCUUUCAUCCAAUAAAGCCAGUAUCGGUGAUUCAUUCCA